AUGAUACUCCAUGUUUCUUGCGUGGACGAGAUUUUAUUGGAAUAUUCAAAUUCUUUGAAGGCGAUUUUUGGAGUUUUAGAGUGA